GAGAGAAAGAAAAGCGGGAAACCAGAAGAAGUGAAGCAAGGAAGAGAGAGGAGAAGAACGAAGCUCAAGAACGAGUAAACAGAAAUCUUCAUGGAAAAUGCGUUGCCGGAGGGAGCUCCGCCGCAGGCCGCACAAGCGAUUCCCGCCGCUCCCGUCUUCGCGUGCAACGUCUGCACUCGUUUUAGAGGGGCGAAUCUUAAUGGUCUGCAACACCAUGUGCAUGAUGUACACCACAAUUACCCUGAGAGGUGUGGCAAAUGCGGCCAUGCCUUCAAGAAAAAACCCCAGCUGGACGUCCACAAGAAGGAACGGGGUCAUUAGCAUACCGCCGCCGCUCAUCUUUCAGGCGAUGGCGGCCGCCGGAAAUCGACGGGGCCAAGAACUGCUUGGUGUUCCCGUUCUUCCUUUUUCCAGUUACGCAUGUAGAUCAUUAGCCUGGAUUUUGUUGCUUGAUCUGGAGACUUGGGACCCUGGAGGUCCAUGCUACAGAAGCUUGACGGUGCUUUGGAGUGCGGAUGGUUUUGGUCAUUUCCCUUGGAAGAUAGCGUCCAUGGAGUCUGUUAAUGGGGAUGCAGUAGAUUUUGGUAAGAAGAAUGCUGUUCAAGAAGCACCUCCAAAGAAACCCUCCUUCGGGCAGAAAAAGCAACUUGAAGCAGUUGGAUCUUCUCCGGCUCCUGCAAGUAAGAAGCAGAAGGUUUCUGGGGCUCUUUCAGAUAAAAGCAUUGACCAACUGAAUGAUGUCACUGCUGUCAGUGGAGUUAAUCUUCAGAAAGAGGAAGAACAGUUGUUCUCCACAAACAAGGAGGACAGUCGGGUCUCCAAAGCAUCUAGAAGAGCUGUACAAGAAGACGAGGAGAGGCUGAUUCUGCAGAAAACUCCUCUUCAGAAAAAAGUGGCGGAGAUCAUGUCCAAGUGUGGUCUGAAGAAUGCUAGCAAUGAUGUAGACCUUGAUGUUUUUUUAGAGCGUGGAGGAGAGAGUGCGGAGUUUGAUAAGUAACAUGAUCAGAAUGUCGAAACAGAGGAUUGAUUUAGAGAAAGCCAGGCACAAGACUGUGGUUACCUCUGAUGUUAGACAACAACUUGUGGUAAUGAACCAGAAAGCUAAGGAUGAAUGGGACAGAAAGCUGGCUGAAGCAGAGCUCCGGCGAGUAAAUGAACCUGACACUGGUGAUGGAGCCGAAGGCGACAAGGAAACAGAAGGUGGGAGAGGAAAAGCACCCAAGUUGAGCAAAGAGGAGGAUGUCAAGAUGAGAACAAGGGCAGCAAACAUGAUGGCAGCCAGGGCUGCUGUUGGGGGAUCCUGUAUGUUUGAGGAAAAAGUUGGUGGUAAGAAAUUUGGGAGGAGCCAGGUUGCCGGAGCACAGCUUAUGGAGGUACGGAGUUUAACCAUCAAGGACGUGGACAUGAUUGGAGGAUGGAACGAGAGGCCCAGUGCUGUCAAAGUCGACUCUGAUCUAUAGGCUGUACGAGAAAAUCCAGUCCAAUCCACCACCAGAAUGAUAGGACCGGACCUGCUGCAGAUCCAAACCAGCCACCAUGAAUUCAGUUGGGGAUAAUUUGGUUGCAGAACACAGUUUGUUGAUUGUACUUAUAGAGUAGUUGUUGUUUUCCGUUGGUCUUUGAACACACUGCUCUACUGAGCUCGUUAGAUUGUAAAUUCCCGGUAAGAGUACCAUUAGCUUCAACCCAGGGAGAGAAAGUAGUAGUUGCUUGAACAGACUGCUUAUUACUGUACAGAUGUUGUGCUGAUGACUGAGGACCAAGAGUUGAAUACAUAGUAUAUACAUGGAUGUUCUCCGCUUUGCCUAAAAACCGG